GGGUAAUCUGGUGUGAAAAUAAGAAAAUGUGCCCGAUCUCUAUACCGACUCCGUCUGUGGCGACCGCUCAUUAAGAUAAAUUGAUUCAGUGUUUUUAUUGCAUGACUUUUUAUUUAUUCCAGCUUUUUAUAGAAGUGUAUGCUCCUAGUUCUGUAUUUGUACAUUUAAAAAAGUAUACCACAAAUAGUAAUAAUAAUAUUAUAAUUAGUAAUGCAACAUCAGAUGUUGCAGAAAGGUUGUGAGCGAUGGAAAACUGAAUAUAUGCAAGGCACAUUUCACAACACAUGACUCAACCUGAGCUUUGCAAAAUGGAACCAGAGUUUCCAAUAACAGCAGUGAAGCAAAAGUUCAGCGUUUCGAACCAGUCAUGUUGCAACCAGUUCAACCAUAGUCCUCUGAGUACAACACGUCAUGGCAAGAUGACAGACAUACACAUGAUCAAACUUCUUUUUUGGGGAAAUGAAAGUAGACUCUUGAUAAAGCGAGUUUCCUUCCUACUGAAGCUGCGCUCUUGUACUGAGUGUGUUGGUUUGUGAGUGUCCACUCAGACGUCUCUUCUUGACAGGACGGCCUCUCAAUCUGUGUGGAUGUAACGCAGCGUAGAUUUAAUUCUGUGCAGAUUAAAGAUAAUUCUGUUCCUACAUCUGAUUCAACCACUGACAGCUCUCUGCGGUCACUCCUCCAUCCACCAUGCCUUGUUUUGUGGCUACACUUGGACUCGUGCUACUUUGGAGACUUGUAAAUCUCUCUGUAGCCAAGGACACUUGUGACAUCUAUGAGGCAGUAGGACAGAGUCUCACGCUCCCUUUUGCCUUUGUCGGCCUGACGAACACGCACGUGCUGCGAUGGACUCACAACAAGACCAUCAUAUUUUACAGACAGAACGGAAGAGUGUCCGUGGGGAAGAAAGAGGACAUCUCUGCAGCAGGGGCUCUGCAGCUGAAGAACAUACAGUUUUCACAUGCAGGGGAUUAUCGGGCCGAUUUGCGGCAUCUGAACGGCACUUUGGACCUAACCUGGAGUGGACGUCUCUGUGUGAUGGACAAGGUCUUGAAACCCGAGCUGACUUACGUGUGUGAUAUCAAGUCCAAUGCGGUGAAACUCAACUGCUUUGUGGCCAAACCUCAGGGGUUGACAUUCUCCUGGACUCUGGAUGAAAAGACACUGACAAGUGAAACAAGACAAAUGUUGAGCGUAUCCCUGGCACAGCUGACAGGCCAGAGGAACUUCUCGUGUGGUGUGGCGAACAGAGUCAGCAAGGUCAGAAGUGACACCGUUCGUCCAGUUUGUAACAAACCGCUGACGUCCCCUGACUCUUCUCUGCUUUGUUUCAAACGCACCGCCGUUGUGGCAGUGUUGGCAGGAGGACUGGGUCUGAUUCUGCUUCUGCUCAUCCUCGUCAUCACCGUAUGUUGCUGCUUCAGAUACAAAAAAAUGUCCCCACAGUCCAAGGAAGGACACCGAGUCAAGAUGUUGUCUUUGAGCAAGCGAGUGUCAGUUUCCACCAGUGUAGACUAUGAGACCAUGAACCCCACUGAGACCUCUCUUCCUCCUUCCCCCAGUCCCUUACCGAAAACCUGUUACCAGAAUGUCUGUCCUCCUGAAUCUUCCAUUGGUAACAAGCCACUGGAGGUGAGCACAGGUGCUGUGAACAAAGACCCUUCACCAGUUCCGAAACCCAGGACAAGAAAAAUUGAAAUGUCCCUGGAACACAGUGUGGGUCAGUGAAAAACAAAAAUACAAAAAAAUAAAAAUACCAAAGCCAAAUCUCUCCAUUUUCCCCGGUUUAAAGACUUUGUUACUGUUAUUAUUAGAGACGUUCUUGUUGGUGGAAUUCUGGAGGAUGUUUUUCAACACAAUCUGCUUCUUUGCCAGGGCUAAAACCAAGAUCAUUUCAAAUGUGUUUUUCAUUUUAGUGAAUCUGUAACAAACUUUGAUAAUUUAUACAUGUUUCCAUCCAAGUUUGGUUAAAAAAGUGAUAUUUGCUGUCAGAGAGCUGCAAAACUAAUGCUCAACGAUGGACAAAGAUACAGAAAUAAAAGCUAGUGGAGGAGUUUGACAGAUGUUUUAGUUGUUAAAAUUUUUAUUAAAAUUAUACUCCAUUAUGAUAUUGUAAUAUAAGGUAUAAAGGAUGUCUUAUGUCCAGGAUUUUUUAAACAUUUAUCAAUGCCCAGAUUUAAAUGUCUUAUGUCUCUUUUACGAAUGAAGGAGGAAUAGUUACUAUUAGAGACUUUGCAGUGAAAAUGUUGAAUGACUGUACAGAAACUAAACUGUUUCUCUUGUAGCUGUGAUGUAACUUUCCCCUGUUUAUCAUUUAUAACCAGACAAUAAGACAAAUUAUAUGUAAAACCACACCAUUCUUUCACCAUUCAAUUAACAAGACUGGUGGGUGAAGAUGACAUAAAACACAAAUGUAUUAGACAGAAGGGACAAGUACAGGCUUGUCUCUUCUGUCUAAUAUUUUUAUCCUCUGAGUAUUAAUUCUGUACAUACAUCCAUACUGUGUGUUUACCUUGUUUCUACUAAAUGAAGUUGUUUAAAAUCUUUGGCUCUCUCUCCUCUGUGGAAGCAUCAUUAAAGCGGCUUAUCUGUGUCAAA